UGGUUGAAAGUGGAAAUGCCGAAUGAAUGAAUAGCGUUGAAAUAACACAAAACUCUUUAAGUUUAUUUCAUACUCCAGAUAAACGACUUAAAAUUUUUAAAUUAUACUUGCUGCAAGAAAAAAUUCCAAUUUUACUAUGAUGGAUGAUUUAGAUGCUCUUUUGGCCGAUUUGCAAUCGACUACUGCCCAUUUAAAUUCGACUCCAAGUUAUAAAACAAUAGCACCAACUUCUAAUUAUCACGGAUCUUCGAGUCCAAGAUUUCAACCGAGAUCAGUGUCCAGAAGCCCAUUAACAAAUCGUAAAGUAAUUACCGAAAAAUACGAGUAUAAACCUAGAGAAUCGCCCAUUUAUCAAAAUCAAGAUUUUUAUUUACACGAUAAACCGAAAGAUCAAUCGAAUUUAAACGCAAAUUUAUCUGAGUUAGAUUCACUUUUGGAAGAAUUAAAUUCAGCCAGAUAUGGAAGUUAUCCAACUAGAAAAGUUCCUCCAUCACCAGUUUUGCCCCAUCGCACUAUAAGUCCAACUUUGCAAAGACAAUCUCUCCAAGAACAUAACAGUUCUGUAGAAAGUUUAUUAGAUGAUUUGCAAAAUGCUGUACCCAAUCAACCAGUAAAACAUAGCCCACUUGUUACUAGACGUACAGUGAUUACUACUACAACAAAAAAGACACCAAGCAAGCCGGUCCCAUCAAGUGCCUUUGCAACUAAAGAUUUAGAUGAUUUAAUGGCUUGUUUAACAGAUUUCCAGCCCAGUUCCAGAUCUCCACCACUAACUAUCUCUGAAGUUUCCACCCACACACCUUCUCGGGAUCCAAAGAUCACUGACGAGGAACAGUUGCAUUCUAUGUUAGAUGAUCUUCAGUCUAACAUGAGCCAACAAGGAGCAGACACUAAAACUUGUGCUUUCUGCCUGAAAUCCAUUAGUGGAAAGGCAGUGAAUGCUUUGGGCAAAACUUGGCAUCCAGAACAUUUCACUUGUUAUCAUUGCAAACAAGAAUUAGCAAACAAAACAUUUUUUGAAAAAGAAGGUAGAACAUAUUGUGAAGGCGAUUAUCAUAAGAUUUUUGCACCAAAAUGUGCUCAUUGCAAUGGACCUAUUUUAGACAGAUGUGUCACAGCUUUGGAUAAAACGUGGCAUCCAGAACAUUUCCUCUGUGCAAAAUGUGGAGGAAAAUUUGGUGAAGAUGGCUAUCAUGAGAAAGAGGGAAAAGCAUAUUGUAAAAGAGAUUAUUUGGAUUUAUUUGCACCUAAAUGUGGUGGAUGUAAGGGACCGAUAACAGAAAAUUACAUUUCUGCUUUGGAUAAAUCUUGGCAUCCAGAUUGUUUUAAGUGCAGGGUAUGUAUGAUUAUAAAUGAAAUGUCUUAAAUUAAUAUUAUUUUA